AGUCAUUCAAUUGGUAGAAGUUGUCCAAAGUUAAUAUGUGAUGUUUAUUGGCUUACUCAGAUGUUUUGCCGCAAAACAAACAUCGCAUUUGUUACUAAACGGUGGUUCAUUUUUGUGGAAAAAUAAUUUGCUCACGACCCAUCGAUUCGAUAUCUGUGGUCUGUAUGAAGGUUUCACUGUGUGGAGGUAAGUAGCCCAUUCUACUCUUAGCUAGAGAUCUCAGCAAUGUUCUCUUAUGAUAAACUGUAUUUGUUUUAAAUGGUCCUCGGUCAGGACUAAACCUCGUAGGCCUGCAUCAGGUUAACGAGCAAGUCUUUGCCUGAUUUAUUUUCUUUAAGUAACUGACACAUUGUUAGCUGGCUGCCGAACUACCUAGUAACUUUUCGAAUUGGCAACGUAAUACUGUAGCCUAAAUCUAAAGUGAGCUGCUCAAGGUCCUCACCCUCCCCUAUUAUUUUCGCUCGGAUGUUGUCCAAGGCUGGUGUUUAAGACUCGUUAAGUUAGUCUAAAUUAGCAGUUUUUGAUUGAGAAAACUAUUGGACGCAGCGCCAACCAAUGGGCAAUAAUCACCAUAGCUCACAGACGACCUCAUGAAAACAAAGAAUGAGGUUCGGAUGGGAGUGACCUUUGCAAUUAGGCAAGUUGGCAUUUAUACGUUUGUAGUAGUUUGUAUUGGAGCAUAGUUAAACGCUCAGAUCGCUCCACUUUGUCUUUGCAAUCGAGUUGUCCUGCACAAACUACGCUGUUAACAAAAUCCUUUUGCAAGGCACCCGGCGACUUUCCAGCCAAUGGAGCUGCAGGGUCAGUGGUGGAAAGGCCAACUUGCCGGAGACAUUUAUCAUGCUCUGCGUUGCAAAGAAUUGAUGCUGCCUGUCUAUAAAGGUCAGUCCCCACAGCUCAGCCUUAGGCGUUACUUUGCAGAUCUCAUAGCAAUAGUGAGCAACCGCUUCAGGCUGUGUCCAGCAGCCAGACACUUGGCUGUGUACCUGCUGGACCUCUUCAUGGAUCGCUAUGACAUCUCUGUGCAUCAGCUACACAUGGUUGCUCUUUCCUGUCUGCUUUUGGCCAGUAAAUUUGAGGACCGAGAGGACAGGGUGCCUAAGCUUGAGACACUUAACAGCCUUGGUUGUAUGAGUUCCAUGAACCUGGAGCUGACCAAGCAGGGUCUCUUGCACAUGGAGCUGCUACUGCUAGAGACCUUCCACUGGAACCUCUACUUACCCACUGCUGCCCACUUCAUAGAGUACUACCUGUCAAUUGCCGUCAGUGAGACUGACCUUCAUGAUGGCUGGCCAAUGGUGUGCUUGGAGAAGUCUGUACUAUAUAUGACCAAAUAUGCAGAUUACUUUCUGGAGGUUUCUUUGCAAGAUCAUGCCUUCCUGAGAUUCGCCCCAUCACUUGUAGCUGCUGCCUGUGUGGCCUCAUCGCGGGUGAUCCUGCGCCUGUCUCCAACUUGGCCCCCUCGUCUGCAGCAUCUGACUGGCUACACCUGGGAGCAGUUGCUGCCUGGAGUGGAGAGAUUACUCAUUGCACAUGAUAGUGAUGUAAAGGAAGCCAGCAAGCAGGAGCGCCACGUGCAGCAACCCAGUCUGCAGCCAGGCCAGGCCUCGUAUCCUGCUCAAUGCCCGAGUGUCACCAUAGCCCAGCACGUCCACAGACCUACUUUACAGUACACCCAGCAGAGUUGCCAACCUGUGAGGGUCUCAGGCCAAGGUCCAGGGACCUACCUGUCCCACGCUGCUUCAUUGCAGACCUCUGGUAGUGCUACACAGCCUCAGACCUUAUCUGUACCACUGGAGGCUAAGAUGAAUAUGCCGAACAGGUCCUUCCAGCUGACCUCGGUCUACCCAUGCGCAGCAGCGUGUUUCGACCGGUGAUCAUAACAGGUGGAUGCAAAUGAGAGUUUCACUCCAAAGGGGACUGUGUGUUCAUGGGAAUACACCACACUAUGAAACACCAUGAGGUGUGUUAUCAAAAAACUUGAGCUGCUGAAUGACUUUUUAAUGUACAAAGAGAACUUAAAAAGGUAAAACAUAAAAGGUGUUUAAUACUAAAACAACUGCGAGGUGCAAAGGGAAAAAGAUGUGCAAUACUGUAGGACAUGCCUGUUUCAACAUCUGUAUCUUUGUGGAGUUUUUCUCCUUUCGUUUUUUUUCUUUUCUUUCUGAGCACAGUAUUAUUUUUGAGUAUGUUUGCCAGUGAAAUAGCCAAGGGAGAAAGAAACAAAUAGAAAAUUAUGCUGUGAUUUUUAUCAACACCAGCAGGCUUGCCAGUGUUAAUUUCAGCCGAGCUACCUCAGGAGUAUUGAUUGUAGAUUAUUAGCUUUACAAAUGCACUUUGGACUGAGCAUUUUUAAAUAAAAUGCAACAUUUAAGUUGUACCAUUGUUGUACCACA